GGGGGGGGGGGGGGCACAUAUGCUAAGGUUUAAGGAUGCUAUUCUGUUACCAGUAUUCAGUUCUGUUCAGUAUAAAUUCAGUCUCUAUACACAGUACAGCCUACAAGCACUGGAUAGUGGACGCUACUGAACAUGGCUAAAUUCAAGAAUAAAAAGGAGGACAAUGCAAUAUUAAAACAUUUUUUGGUAGAAGGAGAUUUCUGGAUAUGUCAGGUUAAGGUGGAUGACGAUCAAACAUGUGGUGUUAAAUUAAGCAGUGGAGGCUUAGGAACCAGUAAAAAUCAAGGUGAUAUAUCAUAAGUUUGCAUACUUUUUAGUUUGUAUCAUUUCGACAUCAGUCCUAUUACAUAUUCAGUCAUUAUGAAUAUUUUUUACCCAAAAAAACGUUCUUGCUCCCCCCCACCAACGGCCUUUGACCAUUCAAACAUAAUUAAGCUUUCUUACUUUUUUGUUAUAGGGACAAGAACGGGAAACCUGAAAAGACAUCUUCAGAGACGACAUAUUGAGAUUUAUGAGGUUUUAAGAACUGAGGAGAGCAAAGCUUCUGAAUCAUUAACCAAGGAAGAUAUCAAUAUUUAUAAAGUAGUAAUCUCUUCUUUUUUUGCUUGGAUGUCCGAUCAUAACUCAGGAACCCCUAGACAGACUUGCCUUAAAAUUUUAAUUGGGGAACUCGAAAAGAACCAAGGAAAUGCUUUUACUGGGAAAACUCUAGGCAAAGCUGGGUCCACCAAGAGUAAAAAUAAAUAUUUCAUUACAUUUACAAAAUUUUAUCCAAAAUGUCGUAAUAAAGUUACUGCUAAUCAAGUUUAAAUUCUGAGUAGAUUUUUGAUAAAAACUUGAAAUUUUCUUAAAUAUAUCUUUCUAGUCUGUAUCGCGAUAUCAGAAAAAAAUUAACACAUUUUUUGUUUCGGACAAGAUUGCAGUUACUAUGACAGCCGAACAGUUCAGAAUGGGUAUAGUGUCCAUGGUGGUAAAGAAUGGCAUAGCUUUCAAGUUUUUUGAGUCUGACGGAUUUAAAAUUAUCAACGGAGAAAUGGCAACAAAGCUGAAGGUAUCCCUGGAUAAACAGCAUAUACGUAAUUACGUCCUGAAUGCUGGAAAUGAGAUGAAGGAGAAGAUUAAGAAAGAGCUCAAGAAUAGAUUUCUCUACCUCAAAUUUGACUGUGCAACCAGGCUACGCGUAAACUAUUUAGGUUUGAACGUUCGGUUUGUUGAUGAUCAAGGUCUUGGUGUCACCAGAACUCUAGCUCUAGUAGAUAAUGAGGGCAGACACACCAGCGGUGAAUUGAAGAAGAUUGUAAAUGGUGUGCUCCAAGAUUAUGACAUACCCCUGGCUAACAUUAUCUGCUGUGUCACGGCUAAUGCCACCAACAUGGUGUCCAUGAUGAAAGAAGACCUUCAGCAUGCUGAAGAAGGUAAGAGUGAAAAUGACGAAAAAGAUGACAAUGAGACUAUGGCUGGAACACUAGAUCUCGAGAGUUCGGUUCCUAUUAAUUGUGAGCACAUGCGUUGUGCAGUCCAUAUACUACAGCUCGCUAUUCAUGAUGGACUGAAGAAAACUGCUUCAGGAGUUAUUGCCAAGCUAAGACAUGUCGCAAAAGAAGCGUUGUCUCCCAAGAUAAACCAACAGCUUCGUCGUCGUAGGGCUAAAAAAGUUGAUUUGCUGAAUCAGGAAACACGAUGGGGAUCCACCUAUGCAAUGAUUGAUCGCCUGAUUGAACUCAGGAGUUUUAUUGAGGAGAUGGCUGAUAUGGGUAAUGAGAAUUUAAAUCUCUCAAGUUUUGAGUGGGAACAUGCGAUCUCCCUCAGGGACCUAUUAAUGAAGGCCCACUUGAUCACAAAAUCCCUUCAAUUUGAAAAUCUCACGCCAGGAUAUUUCUAUAGAAAGUGGAGUGGACUUAAGCUGUUCUAUCAAGAUCAUGGGUCCUCUUUAGCAGAUGAUUUUCUUCACUCUAUGCAGAAGAGGGAAGAAGAGCUCCUAGGUAAUGGUUUACUACUUGCCGCUGUGCUAAGCGAUGUUACUAACAUGGACCUUCUUCCCCCUGAUCACGAGAUUAAAGGAAAGGAGACCCUGAUCAACCUUGUCCUGAGGAUUAAGGGGUUGGAAGAUGAAAAAAAGGAGGCCACUGUUCCAGAUCUUGAGGUAUCAGAUUCAGAUUCAGAUGAAGAGUUUAGGGCCGUGAGAAAAAAGCUCAAACUUAAUAAGGGGACUGAGGGGCUAUCUGUUUUUGAUCUUACUGGGAAAGAAGACAAUAUUAAUCUAACUCCACCACCUACAGUAACCAGGUCAUCUUCAAGUUCGAACAGUCACAUUACUGCGGAGAAUCAGCCAAGUCAAAUGCAGUUCAUAAGAACCAGUGUCUUAAAGGGACUAGAAACUCUUAAAGAAUCAAGAGAAGAGUUAAAAAAGCUUUCUGAUCCAAUCUCCCAGUACCCAGAUGUGCUGAAGGAUGCUGCAAGACUUCUUUGUACAAUGCCCUCUACACAGGUUUCCGUGGAGAGACUGUUCUCAGGACUGAAGAUAUUCAAAUCAGGCCUGAGGAGCUGCCUGAAGGCAGAUAUUCUGAACGCCCUCCUCCUUCUCAAAGCUAAUAUGAAAUAGAUUUUGUUUUUUUAAUACAAUAAAAAGAAAAAAAUCAUCAUCAUUUAGUGCAAAAUA